UCAAAAAACUCACUUGACCUCACCAGAAGUUGUGUGCCCUUACAUGUAACGUCUUCUAAUUUCCUAGACCUCUACCAUAGAAGAUAGAACUUUCAUUGGAUACCUUUGCAGAUUCAAAGAUCCUUCAGCAGUUGUACGUGGAAUCAAAUUGUGAGCCAUAUAGCAAAGGGUAUCAUGUCAGAGGAUUUCCAGGAGGAACCUGCACAUGAAGUAGAAGGGCCAUUUGAAAGCAGGCUGCAGACAUCUCAUCCAUUACCAGAUGGCCUGGGAGCACAAGUGAUAGCUCUCUUCACGAGUACUUUUCGCGAACCAAAGAAGAUAGAUAAUAAAAUUCCACCAAAAGUACAAGCAACAACACCUGCUAAAUGGGCUCAGAGUGCUCCAACUCAAGAACGUACAAAUAUAUCUAGCGAUGUACUAAGAAAAGAUCAGAAGGAUGUUACACAUACUCCAGAAAACAAUGCCACAGCAACACCAACUAUCAUAAACACCAACCUAGUUCCGUACGUGACACUACAUCUUGCUGCUCUGAAUGGUGACUGGAUGACUGCUAGAAAUUUCUUGCAAUUACAGCCAGAAGCUGUGAGGGCUAAGAUCACAAAGGGUUCAGAAACUGCUCUUCACAUUGCAGCUGGGGCAAAACGUACACUUUUUGUUGAGGAGCUAGUAAAAUGGAUGACACCAAAUGACCUUGAAUUGAAGAAUGAUGUAGGAAACACCGCCCUUUAUUUUGCUGCUGUAUCUGGUAUCAAAAGGAUUGCUGAGGUAAUGGUGGAUGUUAACCCAAGAUUACCUCAGAUCCGAGGUACUAAAGAUCUAACACCUCUUCAUAUGGCUACAUUGCUAGGCCACAAAGAAAUUGUAUGGUAUCUAUACGAUAAGACAAUUUUGACAGAACAAGAUUACAUAGGGCUUCUUAUUUCUGCCAUAACAGCAGAUCUCUAUGAUGUAGCACUGGAUAUAAUUCAAAAGCACCCUGAAAUGGCUUUUGCUCGAGAUAGAAAUGGAGAGACAGCACUACAUGUAUUGGCUCGAAAGCCUUCAGCAUGUUAUAGUGGAAGUCAGCUGGGAUCUUUGCAACGAUGGAUAACUUCGUAUGUGGCUAUGGAUAUAGUUGAACAACACCCUGAAAUGACUUCUGUUCAAGAUGAAAUUGUGGAUACUACACUCCAAAUAGUGGAGCCUUCGGCAUGUUAUAGUGGAAAUCAGCUGGGACUUUGGAAACGAUUGAUAUUAUCUGUCCCCAAUAUCCAGGUCUCAUACGACAAAAAGUUGAAUCAUAUGCAAGCAACUGAACUUGUGAAGCUGCUUUGGAAAAAAGUUUUGACACUAGGGAGUGAUUUGGGGAUAAAUGAUUUGAUCAAUGUACCCUCUCGCUUAUUGUUUACUGCUGCUGAAUUGGGGAAUAUAGAGUUUCUCAUUAUACUUGUUAGAUCGUACCCCAGUCUCAUUUGGCAAGUUGAUGAACAAAACCGAAGCAUAUUUCAUGCUGCAUUGAUUCAUCGACAGGAAAAAGUUUUCAAUCUCAUUUAUGAAUUAGGCGGUCUGAAAGACUUAAUAGCCUCUUAUAAAGAUAUAAACAACAAUAACAUGCUUCAUUUGGCUGCACGAGCAUCUCCAAAUCGACUAAGUAUUGAUACAGGGGCAGCAUUGAAAUUGCGAAGAGAGUUGACUUGGUUUAAGGAGGUGGAGAAGAUUGUCCAGCCAUUAUACAAAGAAAUGAGGAACUCAGAUGGAGAAACACCUCAACUUCUUUUCACCAAGGAACACAAGGAACUACUACGACAAGGAGAAGAGUGGAUGAAGGGCACUGCAUCAUCAUGCAUGGUUGUGGCAACUCUUAUUGCCACUGUAAUGUUUUCUGUCUUCUCCACUGUCCCCGGUGGCAACAACAAUAACACAGGCAUUCCCAUAUUCCUUAAAUCAAGGGCCUUCACGGUUUUUGUCAUAUCAGAUUCAAUAUCCCUCAUCUCAUCGACCACUUCAAUCUUGAGUUUUCUGUCCAUUCUUACAUCACGCUACACUGAAGGAGAUUUUCUCAAUUCAUUACCGAAUAGAUUGAUCGUGGGGCUUGCUACCUUAUUUAUCUCUAUGGCUACAAUGAUGAUGACAUUUGUUGCCACACUUCUUAUGGUUCUUGGCCCUGGAUUUCAUGAGAUAAAAUUUCCAGUUGCUUUGGUUGCUGCAGUUCCAGUUGGUUUCUACGCGUUACUACAGUUUCCUCUUCUAACAGAUAUGAUCUGUCAUGCUUAUAUCUCAAGAGUUUCUUUUCGUCCAUGCAACCACCUCCUGCACUAGAUAUAUACCGAAAGUACUUUUUUACUCGAUGUGUUUGUGUAAAUAUAAUUGUCACGACUAAAGAUAAAUGUAAGCGUAUGUAUGUAUGGCACUAAUAUUGGGAAUUUUAAAUUUUUAAUCAAAAUUAACUCUCCGUUUACUCUC